UACCAACUGGAGGUGGGGAGGGAAGCGCAGACGCUGCUGGCCACUGGGACACUAAAAGGAAAGGAGGGGAUGUGUUGUUGUGCUGAUGGCUUUCCUCAUUCUUCCUCCUUUAAGAGCUCGCCUCCUCUUGCAAACGGAGACACAGGUGUAGCCUCUUUAUCUACCCUCCAUCUACUACUACCACCACCACCACCACCACCACCUUUGCCAAUUUUCCAUGCGCCCUACCUCUCCUUUUCUGUCACCAGAGGAGGGUUUUACGCGCCUGUUCUUUGCGAUAAACAUCAUGUUAGAUGAAAUGUGGUGCGUCUCUUUUGUGCGCCGUCCGUUACCGCCGUUAUGAGUGUGAUGCCGGCACACAUGACUUGAACCGGGCGGUGGAGGCAGCUGCAACUACAACAACACUUGAUCCAUAAAGAAGACUUAUUGAUAACCAUGGCUGACCAGUAUAGUAUGUUUCUCACGACGGCGCCCCCCCUACGGCGUGGCAGCACACCCCUUCCUGUCAAACACCAGCUACGGAGGGAAGAGGCAGUGUCCGACGACUGCGAUUGGAUCCCGGGUUUGGAUGAACCUGCCAUGUUGCCGAUCAGUGACACAGGGGUCCCUCGGGACGAGUCCUUCAGCCAAUUAGCAGCUGCCCAGUCGUCUUACCACAGCCAUGGUGGGGCUUUGAGGAUAGUGUUACUGGGACAGACCGGCGUGGGGAAGUCGUCGCUCGCCUUAUCGCUGGCCGGGCAGUCUGACAGAUCACUCUCUAUAGACUCUGAGACACAAGCAUGCGGUGAAGGCUACGAGUGCAACGUGACAGUGGACGAGGAGGACAGCAAAGUCAUAAUUUACGACAACUGGAAACAG